AUGGCGGCUGCUGCGCCGUCGGCCACCUCCACCAUUGGAGGCGAGCUUAAACCCCCCGACCCCACUGCGGGGAUUCGUCGACCGCCGGAGGUCUCCUCCUCACCGGACGGCAAAAAAGCUCAGGAGGAACAACAUCCCAAGAAAAGAGUAAGGCCUCUGUCAUUCACCGGGGAUUCAAGCCCUAUGGACGAGGUUAUUGUUGAAGAUAUCACCCUUGAGGAACAGCAGGAAACACAUCGAACUAUGAGCCCCAGAACCAUGGAACCCGAGAACCAGCCUAACAUGGAAAAGGAACCCCCAGCCCCACCUACGAAACCAUCUGCAUGGGGAGAAGGGAGGAAGAAAUUAUUCAGUGAAGCAGUGAAGGAGGUGGAAUGGUAUGUUGCCAAGUCCGACUCGGAGGAUAUAGCUGAAGCGAUGCGGGAGGAGGAUAAUGAGGAUGAGGACCUGGAAGAUGAAAAUCCUCUAUGCCCAACUAUUUCCUUCUCCUCGUUCGAGUGGCAUAAAUACAGGAGAGAAUGGAGAUCUGCGAUCGUUGUUAAAGUCUUGGGACGCUCCUUCCCCUACCCGGUUAUAGCGCGACGUUUGAAUAUGCUGUGGGCACGAACUGGCAUAAUCCAGGUUACGAAUCGCCGGUAUGGAUACUAUUUUGUGAUAUUCACUACGAAAGCAGACUAUGAGCACGCCCUGACGGGAGGCCCAUGGAUGAUUGGCGAUCACUAG